UAAGCAACCUAUUCUUGUCGAGGAUGCGCUGGACUACACGUUCCUGAAAGCUCCUCGUAGAGCUGAGGUUCAGGGUCUAGAGGCUGCAGCCUCCCAUAUAAACAGUGGGCUGAGCAGUGGGACGGCACACACUAGGAACCGCCGGAGUUUCGGCGUGUAAGUACGUGACAAAGGAUCUCUUGGCGCCCGAAGAGAGAAGAAUGCGGUGUUCUGAUUGAAUGAAGCACUGGACGCCCACAUCCCCAGUGAAGAGAGAGGUUCAGCCCCCGCCACGCAUGUGUGACACUCCGUCUGGAUGGGCAGCUAUAGCGGCACGGUCGUGACUGAGGAGCGGCGGCCUGCAGCGCCAGAAAUGCUGAGUCUGUGGAGAGGAGGAGCGAGAAGAUACUUGGAGAAGAGAGCUUUGGCUGUUAGCUCUACGUUCAGUGCUGUGUUCAUUGCCGAGACCAGGAACUCAAACAUAAGGAAAGCCAGCAGACCUGUCCCUCACAAACUGCGCUCUAUAACUGCAUGUGUACCUUGUCGUGUCAGACUUUCCUUUGUUAAAUACCUCAUGUGAUCGUGCCAAGAGAUCAGGGGUUUUGCCCACUCUGCUUCCUGAAAACGAACGUGACUGUAAAAGCAGCCCAUUUCGUAGAUUCCAAUGGGUCGGGUUUUAGGAAUAGCCUCACUAGAGCUUGUCAACGACUUAAUUUGUCAAAUCAACUUCAGUAUUAUUUUACCAGUCACCUUCUGAGAAGGGAAAGGGCUGCCUUUUAUUUACAGAGUUUCCAGUGGACCUGAGUGGUGGCUUUUGUGCAAAUGGUUACUUCUCUUGGAUGGGAACCUUGAUUUGUGGAAUCACACAGACUAGGACAUUCAGCUCUGAAUCUACCGAGUAUGUCCUGUGCUGGAGGUGAACAGUUGCAUGAAAACUAAAUGCUAGUGCUUGUGUAAACCUUCUAGAAGGGUAUGCUAGCACACUGAGGACAUGUUACAAGGGACAUCUAUGGGCUACAGAGGCAAACAAAAGAGCUGGAGUGCACACUUCUAGCUCCCUCACCAAUGAAUUCAAUUGCUCUUCCAAAGACAAGACGACCUACACUUUAGAAAUUGUGACAAAGGGUGUGGUUAGGGCUAUAGGAGAUAAGUGCCACCACAUGAAAGGAAGCAGAGCUGGCUGAUUUGGCUCUAUGCGGAUAGCUCGGUGAUUUAGAGUGUGAGAGAGCCUGGACAGAAGCAGUGAGCCACUUAAGCAAUGUGGAGCUCACUUGCUCACUGAACCAUGCGCUGCUCUCUUCGGUUUUGGGUCCUCCUGGGGUCGCUGGCCCUGCUGUUUGUCACCUCGCUUCUCUUCUCCCUCUCACUGCGUGGAGCAGCUCUUCCCUACUUGGAAACUCCUGACUGGGAAUUGUCUCACAAGGUGAAGCUAGUGCCUGGAUAUGCUAGCAGUCGAAGGCAAGGCUCGCCAUUGCUGGCACAGCAGCGUACUUGUUCGUGCCAGACAUGUGUUGGAGACCCUGGAGUGUCGGAUUGGUUUGAUGAAAACUUUGAGUUGGAUAUCUCCCCAGUAUGGACACGAGAGAACAUGCAGUUGCCUCCAGAUGUCUACUACUGGUGGGUGAUGCUGCAACCUCAAUUCAAGCCACACAGUAUUCAGCAAGUCCUUUUGAAACUCUUUGAAGUAAUUCCUGGACAAAAUCCUUAUGGGGCCUGGGAUCCAGCUCGUUGUCAGCGUUGUGCUGUGGUUGGGAAUUCUGGCAACUUGCGAGGAUCAGCAUAUGGCAAACUCAUUGACGGCCACCAUUUCGUCAUGAGAAUGAAUUUGGCACCCACAGUGGGCUAUGAGGAGGAUGCAGGGAGCCACACAACUCAUCACUUCAUGUACCCCGAAAGUGCCAAGAAUCUGCCUGCCAACGUCAGCUUUGUCCUGGUACCAUUCAAGACUCUGGACCUGCUGUGGAUAACCAGUGCACUCUCCACUGGACAGAUCCGCUUCACCUAUGCACCAGUGAAGCAGUUCCUACGUGUGGACAAAGACAAGGUGCAGAUCUACAACCCUGCCUUCUUCAAGUAUAUCCAUGACCGAUGGACAAGGCACCAUGGCCGUUACCCCUCGACAGGCAUGCUCGUUUUGUUUUUUGCGCUACAUGUUUGUGAUGAGGUGAAUGUUUUUGGAUUUGGUGCAGACAGUCGAGGAAAUUGGCAUCAUUACUGGGAGCAGAAUCGAUAUGCAGGCGAGUUCCGAAAGACAGGGGUCCAUGAUGCAGAUUAUGAAGCUCAGAUAAUCAACUCUCUUGUCAAGGCUGGCAAAAUCCGUGUUUUUAGAGGGAAGUGAGCUUCAGAGUGAUGCUUUGCUUGCAAAGCGCCACAUUUGAAGGAGUUAAGCAGAUGGCCCAAGGACUGAGCCAAAUUGAGCAAUGAGCAUACGGGGGGUGGCACUGCUGCUGCCUUUUGUUGUCCCACUUUGGUGCCUCCCCCACAGCCUUUAUGUUCUCUAAUUUGGCCAAACUGUGAAGCAUGGCAUAAGGCAAAAGGAUCCCUACUUCAUUGCAAGUGACAUAAUGCUUCUGAGAUGAACAUUUUUCUUUUUUUUUUCCUAAACAUAAUACUGUGUUUUCAGUCAACAUUUCCUGAUGCCAAAGGAGAGGCACAUAGCCGUGCGCACCUUUAUUGGACUCGUGUGGAGUCCUAACAAUGACUGCUUCCAUUACAAUCACCAUCGGUUCAGUUAAUAAGUUCCCAUGUGUCUCACAGGAGACCCGUUUCAGUAUUAAUUUUCUAGUGAGAUGCACUGCUCGCACCUGCUCCUCUUUGGAUGCAGGGUUUUCUGUUUGGUUUUCCGUCAUCACCACUAUUCUAAUACUGAUAUACCCGAGGCAGGUAAAGGGUACCGAAGAUAAAACCUUUUUUU